GGAGCUUGCUGCGCCUCACUUUCCCGCCGACGGUUAGCUUUAUCACGUGACAUGGGUCGGAAGAUGGCGUCUCCCACGGACGGGACCGACCUGGAAGCAUCUUUGCUGAGUUUUGAAAAACUUGAUCGAGCCUCGCCAGACCUCUGGCCUGAACAAUUGCCAGGUGUUGCUGAAUUUGCAGCAUCCUUCAAAAGUCCCAUCACUAGCUCUCCACCCAAAUGGAUGGCUGAAUUAGAACAUGAUGAUAUUGACAUGCUGAAAGAGUUGGGCAGCCUCACUACAGCUAACCUGAUGGAGAAAGUACGUGGGCUGCAGAAUCUAGCCUAUCAGCUGGGGUUGGAUGAGUCUAGAGAGAUGACUCGGGGAAAAUUUCUCAACAUUCUGGAAAAACCCAAGAAAUAAGCCACAACUUAAGAAUAAAAUAUUCAGUGGACUAUGAAUAUUCUUCCUUCCUUCAAGUACAGACCUGACAGCUCUCCCAUUGCUUCCUCAGGCCUGGGGUAUGUCAUCGGGAACACACUGCUCUACUGCUUCUAUGGCUGUGCUUCUUGUAGAAGACUUUGGUUGGGAGAAAAGGAUCUGCACUCUAUAAGGAUCAUCACUUACUGUUGUUUCAUAAGCAUUGAGGCUUUGGUAUACUAAAUCUAGGUCAUCAGAAAUUCCUGUUUUAUUGCUAAGAAUGAAGUUCCAACUUUUCUCUAUUUAUAGAAAUAACAUAGAAUCUAUGUGAGACUUACUUUGCCUCCUUAUGAACCCUUUAUUGGUCUGAUUUAGUGACAUAUCUGGUCUAAAUCAUACCAUUUGAAUUUGCUGCUUAUUGAGUAGGCUCUUUAGUCAUAUUAAUCUCUUAGAUGGGUUGUCUAUGAUAAGAAAAGAUGACUGACUAGGGACUUGGAAGUGGCCCAUAUAGGAUUCCAUCUAUCCUGAAGUAACCUAGUAUGUUCUAGGUCCUAAGCAUCCACGUCCUGAGAAAUGGAAGCUUCUUAACAUAUCUUCUGAUUGUAAAAUUUCUUACCUUUCAUUAUAGUUUCAUUUCCUAUCAUGGCACUUACAACUGUUUCUUGGUAAGGGGUACAGGAAUAGAAAGGACUUAAUGGAUUAGUCUUUCUAGAAUUAGUUUGUAUUGUGAAAGUUCCAUGAAUGGGAACUCAUAUCAUAUUAUAUCAUAAAAUAGUAUAAUUCCAUGAUAAUCUUCUAGUAUCAAAUACUAUAAAAGGCAAAGAAAAAGAUUCCUUCUAGCUUAUGAUUAGCUAUGGCAAACAAUUCUACUCCAGCCUAGUUCAGUGAGUCACUGUAACCCAAAGGUGGGAGAAAGUGAUGCCAUGAAAAGAGAACAAUUUGGAAGAGUCAGAAGAUCAGAGAAUAGAAAUCCUAUUUAGCUUAAAGAAAUGUAACUGUGUUGAGGGGCAGUAGUUUUAUCCUUGUAUUCAUAUUACUUCAUCUGCAUUAAGACAUUUUGUCUUUCUAACAGAGAAAGGAUAUUUUGGUUCAGAUGCAACUAUUUCAAAGCUUUGUAACCACAAAUGUUAUUGUGGAUUAGUUACAGCCCCAUAUAUGGGUUGAAAUAUUACAUUUUUCUCCCCUCAACCUCCCAGAAAAUAUGUUGGCAUUUUGCCAAUUGCCAUGUUAUAAUGUUUUAAGAAGUACAUUGAGAAUUAGUUUUCCUAAACUUCAAUGGAAUAUCACUAGCCAAAACAUUUGUUUUAUGAUAGCAAACUGUCUUUCUUUGAAUUUGGAAACACUUUCUGGUAUUCUUUGGUCUUAAUUGUCUAAAAUAGUGAGCAAAAUUUUCUUAGCUCAUCCAAAGAGACACCAGAUUUCUCAAUCUGCCCUUUUUCUUGUGGUAGAAUUACUAUUGGACUUUCUCUCCGAUAAGAUUAAAUUAUUUAAAAUAAUUCCAUCUAGUGAGGGGAGAAAAAAAAAAUAAAGAAAAAUGAGGAAUGAGGAGAAUGUUCUGUUUGGUUGCUAUUCGGUUAAAUUAAACUAAAACUUUUGAAAUUUCAUUUUUAAGUUAAAUAUAUUGCUGACAUUCCUUUAUCUCAAUAAAUGCGAUUGAGCUCUGUACAUCUUAUAUAUGUAUGCAUAUACAUAUAUAUAUAUGUAUGUUAUGUAUGUAUAUGUAAUCUAGCUCCAUGUGGGUAUAUAUGUGUAUGUGUGUGUAGCCCUCAAAUAAUUAACUGAAUGUUAUAUUCUUCUUUUGCUUAUGUAUUUUGGAGUGUUGGCACAUUUAGUGCUUUAGGAAAUUAAAAAAUAUUUUUAUGAAUAGUAUUGGAAUGCCUAGAACUCACAUCUGUAAUCUGACACUGAAAAAAUGUCAUUGGUUCCCUGGGCUAGUUUUGUUCUUUUUUUAAUCUUAAUUUCUUUUUUCACAGCACUUAAUUGUUCUCAGCAAUGUGGCAAAUAGAUACUUUAAAAUUGCAAUAUUUAUUGGUUUUUUCACCCUUAGAAAUGUUAAUGAUGUAUUUUUGUAUUAAUAAUAUAAGUCUAUGUAUAGUGUAUGUAUGUAUGUACUUUACAUCUGGGCAGAAUAUAAUUUGUAUAUGCUGAUUUCUUUCAUAAUAAAUGUGUCUCAUUUUAUAGCAGAGCAUGAAGUUUUUCUAAAAAGUUUCAGUCUACAUAUUUAAACCUCAGCCAUCUUUGGAAAGCUCUGCAUUUAAUAUUAAAGAACCCAUUGUAUUGGGCUAUAUUAAGUAUCCAGAAAUGGCUUUAAGCUCUUUGGAGAAUUUAGCUAUUUUUUAAAUACAAGGUAGUACUAUAAUAAAGUGAAAUUUUAAAUACUCGAUUUUAAAGCAAAUAAUCCAGAGGUGGGUAUCCUCAUCCAUUAGCAUACUGCUAAACAGUGGUCAAUGCCAAAUGAAAUUGAACCCUGCUUGUUCACCCUGGAUUAGUGCAGAUUUGCACAAGGGGUCAUGGUAAUGUUUUUUUGGAUUCUUUUCAACAUUAGUAACUAAAUUUGGCUCUAGGCAAAAUUGUGAAGUAGCUAAUUUGUCUUUGUCAUGCUUAAACCCUUCCUUUUCAGCACCUUUUACUUCCCCAAGUGCUAUCCUACUGUUCCCUGAAUACCCAGAGAGCCCUGUCUGAUUAUUGUGUCUCACCUUGGCCUGCCCUCCCCAGGUGUUCAUGUUAUAUUUUGUCAUUUAUGGACUUGUCAUUGCCCCUAUACAGCUGUAAAAAUUCCUUCAAGUCAGGGAUUAUAUUGUUUUUUAUCUUUGUAUCGUAGUGUCUAGUACAGUGUAACAAACAUAUGAAGUGUUUAAUAAAUGUUUAUUGAACAGAAUGAUA